UAGGCUUUAAUAAUAAUGCUGUUGAUAUGCCACACCUGUCAGGUGGAUUGAUUAUCUUGGCAAAGGAGAAAUUCCUACUCACUAAUACGGAUGUUAAUAAAUGUGUGCACAUUUGAAAUAAACUAGCCUUUAGGGUGCUUAGAAAACGUCUUAGGUAUUUUAUUCCAACUUGUGAAAAAUGGUUGAAAACAAAAAUCGAUAUCAGCACGCACGCCUCCAUCAAACGACACCGCCAACUCACGUACGACGACAUGAGGAGUUUUACGUAAGAAGAAGAAGCAGAAGCAGAAGAAACUUCACGUAAACGUAACCGUGAAAGGUUUCAGGAUGUUUCCAGGCCGGGGAUCAUUUCGAGGUUCCAGAGGAGCCUCUUUUUCACAAAUUCUCAGGAAGAAUAUACCUGCGACGACUGAAUCAUACGAACCUCUGGCUACCUUGAAUCAUCCUAGCAAAGGUGUCUUUAACCAACAAAGGGAAAGUACAUUUGAACGUGGUUAUGCUGCCAAGCCAACAGUUUCACCUAAAGUGCUGAUUGACAAAUACACGCAAGGCGAGACGCAUGCCGUGUCUUUGCUCCAUCAGCUUGCCCAGGUUUUGCAGUUUCACCUGGAAAUAAAGGAGACGGUGACUACAGGCAACAUACAAGGGUUUUAUUUUGCCUUUUGUGUCAUGAUUGAUGGUGUCAAGUACAAGACUGGCAUGGGAAUAACAAAGAAGGAGGCUCGGCUUAAAGCUGCUCAGCUCGCUCUGCCGGAGCUGCUGCCCACCUUGGAGAGUCUGAAUUAUGUCCUCCCUGAAGCAUCAGAUGUCCCUCCACCACUGCCAGUAAAGGAGGAACCCACCAUCUCUGACAUACACCCUUGUAGAGCCAUUCAUGAAAGGAAGAGUUCUGUCAACCUCCAGAUUCCACAAGCUGUCAAGGAUCAGCUCACUAAACUGAUGAACAGCCACCCAGAGUUCUCUGCCUGUGCGGGCACCACAGCAGCAUUUAUUAUUCAGACUUCAACUGGAUGUGAGGUGGUCGCUCUAGGCACGGGGAACUUCAAUACUAAAGAGACUGCCUCCAUGAGUGGACGGAUUGUGCAUGAUUCACAUGCAGUGGUAACUGCAAGGAGAUCCCUUAUGAGGUUUCUGUACCGACACCUGCUGAUGUUCUUCAGCAAAACGGCCAAUCUGACAGAAAAGUCGAUCUUCCAGCAGAACAGUAGCAGCGGCCUCCUCAGCCUGAAGAAUGGCAUUACCCUCCACCUCUAUGUGAACCAGCUGCCAAAGGGUGCUGCAAUCCCUUCUAAGCUGCGCCUGAAUCCGCUCUCCAUUUCGGCAUGGCAGGUCAACAACGAGAUCAGCCUCCACCUCUCAGUGGAGGGAAAGGUGUUCUCUGUGUUUUCUUCAUCUUUUGAUCAAUCUGCCUCCAAGGUGGUCAGCAUGUCCGCCACAGACAAGCUCACUCAGUGGCAGGUGCUAGGAUACCAGGGAGCCUUGCUCAGCCACUUCAUUGAGCCUGUCUAUGUCCAGAGCAUCCUCAUAGGUGACAUUGACUGCAGUGAUAUCCGUGGCAUGAAAAUCUCUGUGAGCCAGCGUGUGGAGGGGAUCACCUCCCAGCUGCCCAUGUUCUACUGCAUGAUGAGGCCCUACAUCAGCCUGGUGCCUUCUGUGGCUACUAACAGUGCCGAUAAAUGCCAAUUGACUUACGGUAUCAACUGGAGCGAAGGCGACAGCUCCGUGGAGGUUGUGGAUGGCCUGGAGGGCAAGACCGUAGAGCAAUCUCCCUUUAAGAGUGGCCCUGCUCUUGCAAGCCGUCUGUGCAAAGCAGCGAUGCUGCACCGCUUCAAGUUGGUGGCCAAAGAGGCCCAGAGGCAGGACCUGCUGGCCACAAGCUCCUACAAAGAAGCCAAGAGGAUGGCAAAGCCGUACCAGGAAGCCAAGAACGUGCUGAAGGCGUUCCUGCUGCAGCAGGGCUUUGGUUCCUGGCUGGUCAAGCUUUCUUUUAGUGAUAACUUCAGCAUUUGAGACUCCAGUGAAAGCCAACAACAUGAGAUUGUUGCAGAUGGAAUCUGAUUCCAGUCCCUGCACAUUCAACAAAGCAAGAUGAACUUGUCUGCAUCCUUUGCUGCAAUGAGUUAAGAACACAAAUAAAACAACAUGAGGGCCGCCUGCAAUCAGAUGUCAAAGUCCUUCUUUCUAAACAUUGUGCUGAAACUUUUUUUUUUCUUUCUUCAUUUCAUAUUAAAAUUAAUUUCCUCUC